AUGGCCUCCCUGACUUGGUGGCUAUCGGUCGCUCUAUGUGCAGGCCUCGGACGAGCCGUCGCAGCUGAUUCCAGUAGCACAAGCAGCGACGUGACCUGUACCGAUACCACUGCAUCAACAAAUCUUCUCUCCAAUCCAUCCUGGGAGAAUGGCUUGGGCCCAUGGUCAUACGUAUAUCCGCGCACAGUAUCGACCGCUCAAGCAAGUGAUGGCUCUCAAUCUCUAUUGACGAGUGGCGUAUACCCGUUCCAGACCAUCUCCCAAACGAUAACAGGUCUGGUUCCGGGUACUACCUACCAAGCCUCUGUCGACUGGAUGGUUGUUAUCUCUAAUACGGCUAUUACUGAACAAUGCACUUUUUACCUCUAUCAUGACUCUCUCGCGACGGCCAACAUCAUCGAUGCCAGUAUCGCGAGUCACAACAGGAACAGCAACAAGUGGGCCACUUUGAGCGGCCCAUUUACCGCAACAAAGGAAAGUGUCAUGUUUGGCAUUUACUUUACUUGUUCUCCAUAUCGGAUUUCCCAAGUUGAAAUCUACAUCGAUAAUGCCAAAUUCAUUCUUGAGACAACUACACAAGCCUGCACCACCGCCACCCCAACGUUGACACUUACCUCGACUCUUCCGGCAUCCAUGGCAUCAUCGCAGUCGUCAAGCUCGGUUUCUAGCAUGACAGCCUCAUCGCCGAAUACUCAUUCAAGCUCGGCGAUAUUGACACCAACAAGUACAUCCGCUUUACAGAGCUCCUCGCCAGUCUCGCCACCGUCAGUCCCUUCGCAGACACCGUCGGCAUCAACGCCAGUACCACAGUCAUCAACCAUGGCCUCUAGCGUCGUUUCAUCAUCAUCCAUCAGUCAUUCGAGCUCGAGUGCUUCCACAUCUCCCUCAUCAUCACCGAUGGAUCAUCCAAGCUCAAAUCCUUUACCACCAACGAGCACACCUCUUGUACACAGCUCUUCAUCGUUUACGCAAUCAUCGGUUCCCCUCACUUCCACGCCUGCGCAGUCACACACAUCUGCAUCGUCAGUGCCAAGUCGAUCUAUCGAACACAGCUCUAGUUCUGUCAUUCCCUCGGCUUCUCUUUCAGUCCCAACUGUGUCGACAUCCAUCGCAGCGACCGCAUCUACCGGGAUAAGCACGGGGUUGCAAUCUACCUCUCCAAUCCCAAGCACAUCGGGCACCUCGACACCUAGUACAUCGACUAUUUCAUUUGUUCCUUCGUCUUCUUCCACGGUCACUCCUCUCUCAACGGCUGUCAGUGCUACGGAGCCAAACCAACAGCUCUCGCACACAGGUGUUCUGAACACUGACUCGGCACCUUCUUCGCCUGUUGGUUUUUCCGCAACAACAUCUUCGGGCCAAGUCACAGCUACAAAUGUUGCCUUGACAACUUCUACCAUUUACAGCACCCGUGUCUCUACCAUCACCGCCUGUCCUUCGAGUGUCGUGAAUUGUCCUGCACAGUCACGAACCACACAUGUCAUAACUGACACGAUCUACGUAUCGACUACAGUCUGUCCAGUAGCCGAAGGUGAACCUACUGCGCAUCUCACCACAGAGCUACAAGCGGCAUCCACCACUACAUUUGUAGUUACCGAGAAAGUACCUUCUCCCCCAACGGGUAUCCCCGUCAUUUCCGUCUCCGUGUCACCAAUCUUCAGCUCCCGGACGGUUACAAUUACCUCCUGUCCUCCAAAAGUGACCGGGUGUUCUGCCGACUCAGGUGCCCCCCAGGUCGUGACUGAGACGCUGCUCAUCGGGGAAUCUACACAUACGCUAUCUGGAACCGCACCUGCUAUCCGUACUACCCAGGCCCAGAUUGGCUCGACUUCUUCUGUUCCCGUGAGCUACACUACCAAGCUGUCUCUUCUUCCGCGGCCGAGCAUAUCUGUAGGUCUACCAACCACCAAUCUCAUAUCUUCUUCCGAAUUGGCUGCGGAUUCCAACAUUGAAACGCGCUUUGGCAAGGAUUUAGGCGCUCUUUAUGAAGGUCCCAAUCUCGUCGCUACUGCCCCUCACUCACGGGGCCAGUACUGGGUCCGAACCACCCCCGGUGACAGCCAGAUGGAUAUCAUGCAUGCCACCAAUUGCACCCUUUUUAUGACAUCCUCACUGGAUGCAGCCCCUGCCACUCGCAAGAAGAUCAUCCCAAUUCCAAUGGACUUGGCCCAUCGCAGAGCCUGCCAUACAGGCAAGCCAAAAGUCAAAAAGAUGGCUGAAUGUGCCGAGGGUAUCCUUAUCCAAAAGGGGUCCAGCAUCAAAGAGCCAUACCCCCCAUACAUCUUUGGCAAGGGCCACACCCUCCUAUUUGGCAAAGGGAAGAGACUCAAGACUACCCCUAGUCAGAAGCUUCAUACUGACAUUUGGGGUCUAAUUUCUACCACGGCCCUUCGGAGCCAUCGCUAUUUCGCCACCAUCACUGACGAUGCCACUCGCUUCUGCUGGGUCUUCCUUCUGAAAGCCAGUAGCGAGAUAGUAGAGAAAAUUUGCACGUUAGUCACCUACCUGUCCACUCCAUUUGGCUACACUAUCAAAAUCGUCACUAGCGAUAACGCCGGCGAACAUGCUGAAAUCGUCAGUUUCUGCGAGGACAGCGAUAUCGUGUGGGAUCCAGUUACCCCUUACACGCCCCAGCUCAAUAGCGUUACGGAGAUCAGAAAUCGAAACGUGAUCUUCAACGAGAACAAGGUCCAAGACCUCCCUAAUCCCGACUACGAUCUCGAUGCUGCUAUGCAGCAAGAAAAAGGGCCUAACCAGGGUUCUCAUGACGAUCAAAAGCGCUACGUCCCUGCUGAAUUCCUCUACCCAGAAAUGAUCCUCGAAAACCAAGCUGACAAUCACACGCGCAUUCAACCGGUUGAACCUAACCCCUUCAUCACGCCGGACGAUCUUCCCCUUUCCGAACGCUCUGUCCUAUCGUCAUUCGAUCAAGAAAUGCAGCGGCGCGCGCUUGACUGCGAGAUUCAACGGCUGUAUCAAAACAACGACACAGUUUCACAAAACGACGAUACUGUUUCGGAAAACAACGACACUGUUCCAGAGACAGAAACCACUUUGAAUCAGAGGAAUAUCUUGCUACGCUCAAGAAAAGAGCUGCUGUUGCUGCGCUGGAUGAGCUAUUUUAUGCCUCCCAAAUUCAUGCUGCUACCACGCAGCUUCCUCCUCCCCUACCCCUUCCACCAGACACCUUACGAACCUGAUGGCUGGGCUGAUAUGAAAAAGAACUGCACACCUGACGAGCAGAAGAAGUGGAUCGAUGCUGCCCAUAAAGAAAUGGCCAAACAGCUCAAAAAUGGCACUUGGCGCAUCGCUGAUAUCCCUUCCAAAAAGACGCUUCUGCCACUCCGCUGGGUCUUCCGCAUCAAGGAUGACGGCACCUACAAGGCCUGUUUGGUAGCCAAAGGCUUCCGCCAGCGAGAAGGCAUUGAUUAUGAGAGAGUCUGCCCUCUCCAGAUGUUUGCUAGGCCCAGCAGCGGUCAUGUGUCUUGA